AUGUCCGACAUCAAGACAGCUGAUAAUCACAAUACCGCUGUCGAUGGGAAACUCGAUAUUCCAGCGGAUGCUGACAAGGCUGCGGGCUUCUUGUUGACUGCCGAGGGCUAUGGAGAGCUCACUCCGGAAGCCGAGAAGAGCCUCAAAAGGAGGAUCGAUUGGUUUAUGGUUCCAAUGUUGUUCCUUGUAGCCACUCUCGGAGCGGUCGAUAAAGUCGCAUUGGGAACUUCGGCUCUCUAUGGUCUGAGUACUGACAAUCACCUGGUUGGCCAACAAUACAGUUGGCUCGGGUCCAUCCUGUCGCUUGGAGCUAUUGUUGGCAUGCCACUCUCAUCAUAUUUGAUUCAGCGUCUGCCAAGUGCGAAGUACCUCUGCGGUUGUUCCGUCGGAUGGUCUGCGAUGUCUCUCCUCUUGCCUGCCUGUACCAAUUUUGCUGGACUCGCGACUCUUAGAUUCUUGAUGGGAAUGUUCGAAGCGAUCAUUGUGCCUGGCAUCAGCUUGAUCAUUGCUGGUUUCUACAAGAAGGAAGAACAACCUCCACGAAAUGCUCUCGUUUUUGCGGCUGCAAGCUCCAUUGUCAACGGCUUUCUUUCGUGGGCUAUCGGUCACGUUCCAUCCUCUGCUCCAUUGCAUAUCUGGCAAUAUCUCUUCCUUCUAACUGGUUCUCUAUCGAUGCUGUGGUCCAUUAUCGCAUUCAUCUUCCUCCCAAAUGACCCCAUGAACGCCAAGUUUCUCUCCAAGGAGCAAAGAUAUCAUGCGGUCCAGCGACUCGCAGCAAAUAAGACUGGAAUUGUUAACAGGAAGUUUAAAAUUGAGCAAGCAAAGGAAGCAUUUCUGGAUCCGAAGACCUGGAUCUUGUUUUUCUUCAAUAUUGCUAUCAACAUUCCAAAUGGAGGAUUGACCACCUUCGGCGGUCUGAUCAUUAAAGGGCUCGGAUUCUCCGGCAUCAAUGCCUCACUGCUCAGCAUGCCCACAGGAGUAAUGUCCACACUAGCGGCAUUCAUCUUCUCCCUCGGAGCCGCGAAAUGGAACAAUCGUCGCUGCCUUGUCACGAUCAUUGCUUGCAUAGUUCCAAUCAUUGGAGCUGCAAUUGUGUAUGCCCUUCCACGCACAAAUCUCGGUGGACAGAUGGUGGGGCUGUAUCUCCUUUAUACCUACUUUGGACCUUAUGUUGUUGGUAUUUCCCUUGCACAAGCCAACACCGCUGGCCACACCAAAAAGACCGUCGUCUUCGCCAUCCUAUAUAUUGGCUAUGCAGUCGGGAAUCUGAUCGGUCCGCAGACCUUCCGAGCCAGUCAAGCACCUGCUUACACUGGCGGCUUUACUGCGAUGAUUGUCUGUUACUGUGUGUGCAUUGCUCUGAUGUGUAUGUAUUGGUCGUUGGCGGUGAUGCAGAACAGGAGAAUUGACGCACGGGAGCCGAGCAGUGGCGAUGAUUUGUUGGAUGGCUUCACAGACUUGACGGAUCAGCAACAGGAAGCUUUCAGAUACACUACUUAG